AUGCGACUACCUCUCGAAUCGCCGCAACAUGUGAACAAAACAUGUUGAGGUAGAGCUCCUGACAUUUAGCUGAGUAAGUAAUAUGUGUAUAUUGAGGCACAUACUUCUAAUAUAAAUUCAGAUACUGGCGAAGUGCUGUGUGUGAGCGAAAUUAUAACUUUAAAUCGCUUUACAACUCGGUAGAUAGCGACAAGAUUAGCCAGUGCACGGCUACUUUUCGGUUGUUUUCUACACUUUCAUUGGCCUUCAGGAGCUAACAGCAUGGAUAACAUGGAGCAAAAUGAGGUUGAGCUUCACGGAGAUGAAGAAAUCAUUGAGGUUAUUGAUCUCAACGAAGCGGAGCCCGGUCCUGAUGAUCUGGCUGAUGAGUUGGAAGAUGUUGAGUUUGAAGAUCCAGGGAACCCAGAUGAUGAGGGCUGGGAGACAGAGGAUGAGAUGGAAGCAGAUCAAGACGACAGUGAGCUCACCUUCUCCAAACACACAGGCUCUGUGUUUUGUGUGAGCUUGGACCCGGCCACAAACAGCCUAGCUGUAACAGGAGGAGAGGAUGAUAAGGCAUAUGUUUGGAGGGUGAGCGACGGAGAAGUCCUGUUUGAGUGCACGGGUCACAAAGAUUCAGUUACAUGUGCUGUGUUCAGCCACGACUCGUCCUUGGUGGCAUCAGGUGACAUGAGUGGAAUGAUUAAAGUGUGGAAAGUGGAAACCAAAGAGGAGAUCUGGUCCUUUGAAGUUGUGGAUCUGGAGUGGUUGGAGUGGCAUCCCUGUGCUCCAGUGCUGCUGGCAGGAACAGAUGAUGGAAACGUGUGGAUGUGGAAGGUCCCCGCAGGAGACUGUAAAACCUUCCAGAGUCCUGCCUGCCAGGCCACCAGCGGCAAAGUACUUCCUGAUGGUAAACGAGCUGUGGUGGGGUAUGAGGAUGGGACAGUUCGUGUGUGGGAUCUAAAACAGGGAAACGUUAUCCAUGUCAUCAAAGGUCAAGACGGACACCAGGGGGCACUGACCUGCCUGACCUGUAAUAAAGACGGCUCUUUGGUGCUGACAGGUUCAGUGGAUGGCUGUGCCAAACUCAUCAACACAACCACAGGCAAGGUGGUUGGAGUGUUCUCUGUGGGAGGAGGCAAAGCCAAAGGUUCAAAAGAUGAGGAAGACUCCAACUCGGUUGAGUCUGUUGGAUUCUGCAACAUCCUGCCUCUCAUCGCUGUGGCCUACCUGGAUGGCACUCUGGCCAUUUACGACCUCUCCACACAGGCCCUGAGGCACAGGUGUCAACACGAGGCCGGCAUUGUUCACUUGCAAUGGGAGGAGUCAUCUUCUGUGGUGUCAACCUGCAGUUUAGAUGGAGCCCUGCGUUUGUGGGAUGCUCGGUCUGGGAAUAUGGUGUCCGAGUACCGUGGCCACACUGCAGAGAUCCUGGACUUCACCAUCAACAGGGAGGCGACUCUCGCAAUAACAGCUUCAGGAGACAACCAGGCAAAAGUUUUUUGCCUCCAAAGACCUGACCGAUAAACAGAAGGAAGAAAGAAGACAGAGGGAAAGAUUUCAGGAGUAACAGACAUUUAAUAAUCAACCUAACACGUGAGAGAACAUUUUCCUUCUUGUUAGGAUUUUAAAGUCAUAUCUGACCUGCUCUAGUAGGAUUGUAGCAUCAAAAAAAUUAUAUUUAAAAUUACUGUCUCUUUGACACCUCAGUUUUCUAGCUUGAUUUGGAUGUGUUAAAAAAGAGUUUUUUUUGUCUGGUUUGAAUGAAAAAACUUAUCUUCAUGUCUGCACAGGAGUGCAUCUGAUCUUCAAAAAUGAGCUUCAUUACUUUAUUUUUUGUGUGCUCUUAUAUAAGAAUGUGGGAGACUAAACAGUGAAAUUCAAAGAGUGAUGCAUUACAGCAUCCUCUGCCUUUGGCUUCCUUCUUAAUGGCUUGUCUUCCACAAUGUCUGAGAGAUAAAACAUACUGCCUCAUUUGGUCUGUAUUUGUCCUUAACUGGACUCAUAUCUGUUUUCAUUUUUGUGUGUGGUCUUGACUUAUCUUGACAAAUUCCUGAUGUACAUACAAUAUGAGAAUUAGUACAAUUCAUUCUUUGAUUUGAAUUUAUUUUUGCCGCUCGUGUGUUAUCAGUUACAUCUGAAACAGUUAAACUUUAUUUGCAUUUGAGAAUAAAUUUAUUUGAAUGGUCUA